AUGCAAUAUACAUCUACUUUCGCCAUUGCCUUCUUGGCUUCAACUGCCUCUGCAGCUCCAUACAACCAAGCACCAGGAGCUGCAACAACCCUUACCACCAUCACAACGCCUGCUGCCACACCUCCAGCGACCGCUCCCGGUGGUCUUACUCUUACCCAACAACUUUUCCUUGCAGACACUGCCGUCGAUCGAUUCGCACUUCUCGGCAACGAGGCGUUUGUGUUUGAUUUCAACGAUCCAGAGAAGAAGCAGAAGGGAAAGGGUGGCCGCGGUGGUGAUCUUGUAGUCGCCAAUCGCAAAACACACCCUGCACUUGUUGGAACGGGCUCCGGUAUGGCUGUUGGUUUCCUCGGUCCUUGCGGCUUCAACACUCCUCACGUUCAUCCUCGCGCCACCGAACUUCAGAUCGUUACCAAGGGCAAACUCACUGUCGAAAUGGUCCCAGAGAAUGGUGUUUUCAACGUCCCGGGCGACAAGACCUCUAAACGACGAGUCAUUCAUGCUGAUGUUGGGGAGAAUCAGAUGUUUCCCUUCUACCAAGGCUCAGUCCACACCCAAUUCAACCCAACCUGCGAGACAGCCACUUUCAUCGCAUCUUUCAACGCAGAAGAUUUCGGAGCUGGACAAGUUGUGGAUGAGGUCUUGGCUUUCCAGGAUGACAUCGUUUUAUCAGCCUUCGGAGAGUCAUUUGAUGCAUCUCAGUUAGCAGCUAUGCGCAAGAAGCUUCCAGCCAGUAUCGCCCAAGGUGUUGCUAGCUGUAUUGCCACUUGUGGUGGACUAGAGAAGAUCGGAUCUGCCAACGGAUCAUAA